GUAAAAACAGAUUUGGAAGACUUUAAGACUGUGGAUAGGUUCACAUUCUGGCUUUGUCCAGCAAAGUUAUGGGUUCUUCGUCUUCAAAAACAGCUCCUCCAUCUCCACUUCUUGAAAACCCAUGGAGGCAAAUUAACUUUGGAAAGAACCCAACUGACCAGCAUUUUGUGGAGAACUACAAACCUCAGGUUGAAGAACAAAAGCUUAGGAUCCUCCUUUAUGGUCCAUUUGGAGCUGGAAAAUCUAGUUUCAUCAAUUCUGUAAACACUGUCUUACAAAAGAGAGUACAUCGUGAGGUUUUGGUGGAGAACAUAUCUGGUACCAGCUGCACCAAAGAGUAUAGAACCUACAGGAUCCGGAAUGGAAACACCUUUUACCCUUUUGUCCUAAAUGACAUGGCGGGGUUCAAAAUCACCAGCAGAAGACAGAGAAGAAUUCAUGUGAAAGAUGUCAAACAGGCACUGAAGGGUCGCAUAAAUGAUGGUUACAAGUUCAACCCUGAAAAUAAACUGUCAAAAGAUGAUAGAUACUACAACAGAGCUCCAACUGAGAACGACAAAGUGCACGUUUUGGUUUGUGUUGUUGAUGCCAACACUGUAUCUCUGAUGAAUGAUGCCACUGUGGAGGUAAUGCAGGAUGUCAGAGAUGAAGCCAGUGAUCUGGGGAUUCCACAAGUGGCAAUUUUUACCAAAAUUGACGAGGCUUUUCCUGAGAUAAACGAUUAUGUGACAGAUGUCUACAAGAGCAAAUCUCUGCAGCAAAAGAUUCAGCAGUUCAGCAAACGUGUGGGCACCCCUAUUCACUCUAUUUUUCCAGUGAAGAACUACCAUUCAGAAACAGAACUGAAUCCUGCCAUUGAUGCCAUAAUAAUGAACGCCCUGAGAAACAUCAUUGAAAUUGGAAAUGACUCUCUCAACGAAAAGUUACAAUCCCAGAGCUAGACAUCCACUGCACUGAAAGUGUAGUUUUGGUUCAAGUGUUAAAACCAUUACAAUCAUUGUAUUUGGUAAAUUGUGUGUGAGUGAAAA